AUGUCUGUAAUACUUAUUGAGUUCAUACUAACAAAAACACAGUUGGUCUCUGACGUUUAUGACAUCAAGGAGGUCGAUGGUGUUGUCUACGAGGUCGACUCUGCCGUCAUCACCGUCAAGGCCGGUGCCGAUGUCGAUAUCGGUGCUAACCCCUCUGCCGAGGAUGGUGAGGAGGCCCUUGAGGACGGUGCCGAGCAAGUCAACAACAUUGUCUACUCUUUCCGUCUCCAACAAACUUCUUUCGACAAGAAGUCUUACGUCACCUACAUCAAGGGUUACAUGAAGGCUGUCAAGGCCCACCUUGAGAAGACCAACCCCGACGAGGUCGCUGUCUUCGAGAAGGGUGCUGCUGCCUAUGUCAAGAAGAUCAUUGCCAACUUCAAGGACUACGAUUUCUACACCGGUGAGUCCAUGAACCCCGAUGGUAUGGUUCUCCUCCUCAACUACCGUGAGGACGGUGUCACUCCUUACUUCGUUGUCUGGAAGCACGGAAUCAAGGAGGAGAAGGUCUAA